AUGCGCUACUAAUUCAGCAUCUGGGCAAUACGGCUUCGGCGGUAAUGUUGCGGAGCAAAAACAGUGCCUACUACAGGAGAUAGAACGCGCAUCAUGGGUUCUUCACUACUCUGCGCGGCUGUUCUUACAGGAGCAUUGUUUUUGACCGUUUUCAACCCGACAACAGCCGAUGUAUGGCCUGGUAGAAAUACCUUUGAUGAGAUUUGUCUGGAGAUCAUCAACGAUGCUGCAUCCAACCAUAUUCCGUUCAGAAGGCUUGUCAAGACUUGCUCAAGCUGGUGGUGGUGGCAUGGCUGCAGUAACCAGCUCCAAAUCCACGAGACAGUCUCGCGAUUCAGCUUGUGUGACCGACUAGUGCGGCAACAUAACACACACAACCAGGCAUUUUUAGGUUGGACAAGUCUCGCUACAUUUCAGUGUGAAGCUGCAUUCAGUUCACCGGCACGCUAUGGCCAAGCUGAGUGGAACAAUUGGUCUGGGCGACACUGUGGUACUUGGACGAGCACUGUUGGAGGUGGUGAGAGCUUUAACGAUGAGGCCUAUUGGUCCACUGCUGUUCCAGCAGCAAACUUUGGGUUUUACCGACAAGACGUAACAUUUGAUAGAUCCGGAACAUGCUGUGAUGAUGCCUGGAAUGAAUCCGGAGGAAACGAGGUGGUGGUUUGGGGGUGGGAUCCCAAGGAGGCUACUAACCACUUUGGCUACCAGGGCUGUCACGUGGGUUAUCCCUUCAACGCAGGAGGUGCAGACUGUAUAGUGUGGCUGACGGGUGAAGAGGCAUUCCUGGAGUGUGUCAAGACUGUGGGCUCUACCAAGAGGAGGACCAGUGCUGGGUUCUCGGGUUACGGUCAGUGGACCCUCCAAUCACGGUCCGUUCCAUGCUGAUUGGCCACACAGUUUUCAUCAGUUACCUAACUGGCUAGCUAGUGACUAAUUCUUCGUGACUCUAAAGUUGCAAAUGGACAUUAUGUACGUACAUAGCUAAACAAGUCUUGCAAGAUGUGGAUAAUGCUAGUGCUGAUUCUAGCCAUAAGAGUAAAAAAAGUGUCCCACAGCAGGUGGUUCCUUUUUGACUCACCGCAUCAAUUACUCCAGCAGAUGUCCACUCCUGUGAUGCAUAGAGCUG